AAAGUCCGCGGGCGCCGGAGCGGAGCGGGGACGCCGGAGCACUUCCUGCCGCGGGCGGCGCCGCAGCGGCCCAGGCCGGACCGGGCCGGGCGCCCGCAGAUGUGCCCCACCCGAUCCGCCCCCCGCUGAGUCUGAGGCCCGCCCGCCACGCCGCCCGCCAUGUCUCAGAUGCUGCACAUCGAGAUCCCCAACUUCGGGAACACAGUCCUCGGCUGCCUCAACGAGCAGCGUCUCCUGGGCCUCUACUGCGAUGUGUCCAUUGUGGUCAAGGGCCAGGCCUUCAAGGCCCACCGGGCCGUCCUGGCCGCCAGCAGUCUCUACUUCCGUGACCUGUUCAGCGGCAACAGCAAGAGUGCGUUCGAGCUGCCCGGCACGGUGCCGCCGGCCUGCUUCCAGCAGAUCCUGUCCUUCUGCUACACGGGCAAGCUCACCAUGGCAGCCAGCGAGCAGCUCGUGGUCAUGUACACGGCGGGCUUCCUGCAGAUCCAGCACAUUGUGGAGCGGGGCACAGACCUCAUGUUCAAGGUGAGCUCGCCCCACUGUGACUCCCAGACUGCCAUGAUUGAGGAUGCCAGCUCCGAGCCCCAGAGCCCCUGCACCCAGCCGCAGCCAGCCGCCACCGCUGCCGCCUACAUCGCAUCCCCGUCCGUGCCCAUCCCGCUGCUGACCCGGGUCAAGCAUGAAGCCAUGGAGCUGCCUCCGGCUACCGGCCCAGGCCUGGCUCCCAAGCGCCCACUGGAGACAGGGCCCCGGGACGGCGUGCCCAUGGCUCUGGGGGCCACAGGGGCAGCCGGCACAGCCCCUCUCAAGCUGCCCCGAGUCUCGUAUUACGGGGUGCCCAGCCUGGCCACCCUGGUCCCCAGCAUCCAGCAGGUGCCCUACCCCCAGGGGGAGCGGACCAGUCCAGGGGCCAGCAGCCUGCCCACCACCGACAGCCCCACCUCCUAUCACAAUGAGGAGGACGAGGAGGACGACGAGGCCUAUGACACCAUGGUGGAGGAGCAGUACGGCCAGAUGUACAUCAAGGCCACGGGCAGCUAUGCAGUCCAAGAGAAGCCGGAGCCCGUGCCGCUGGAGAGCCGCUCAUGUGUCCUCAUCCGCCGUGACCUGGUGGCCCUGCCUGCCAGCCUCAUCAGCCAGAUCGGGUACCGCUGUCAUCCCAAGCUCUACUCGGAGGGUGAUCCCGGAGAGAAGCUGGAGCUCGUGGCAGGCUCUGGUGUCUACAUCACACGGGGCCAGCUCAUGAACUGCCACCUCUGCGCAGGGGUGAAGCACAAGGUCUUGCUGCGGCGGCUGCUGGCCACUUUCUUUGACAGGAACACGCUGGCCAACAGCUGUGGCACAGGCAUCCGCUCGUCCACCAGCGACCCAAGCCGUAAGCCGCUGGACAGCCGAGUCCUAAAUGCUGUGAAACUGUACUGUCAGAACUUCGCCCCCAGCUUCAAGGAGAGCGAGAUGAAUGUGAUCGCCGCGGACAUGUGCACCAACGCCCGCCGCGUCCGCAAGCGCUGGCUGCCCAAGAUCAAGUCCAUGCUGCCGGAGGGCGUGGAGAUGUACCGCACGGUCAUGGGCGCCUCGGCCGCCGGCCUGCCCCUCGACCCCGAGUUCCCGCCCGCUGCCGCGCAGGUGUUUGAGCAGCGCAUCUACGCCGAGCGCAGGAGCGACGCCGCCACCAUUGUGGCUCUGAGAACGGACGCGGUGAACGUGGAUCUCAGCGCCGCCGCCAGCUCCGCCUUCGAGGCCAGCGAGGAGGCCGAGGGGGCUGGCUCGGUCAUCCAGGAGGUGGCCGCCCCAGAGCCGCUGGCCACCACCGGCCAGAGCCCCUCACAGCCCUUCGAGCAGGGCAGUGCCAGCUCCAGCAGGCCCCAGACGCCAGCAGCCGUGGCGACAAGAAGGCCGGAGGGCACCUACGCAGGGACUUUGUAAGGGGCUGGGGUGGCCAGCCCGAGAGGGACCUAGUACUAAAGCUGCUUGCAUGCGUUACUAAUACAAACCAAUGUGAUCAAGCCACUUACCUACUGAACUGCUACUGCUGCCUGACAGAAAUGUGAUUUUAUUCUGCCUGUAUUUAAAAUGGAUGAAGGAAACACAUGCAUUCAUUAUACUGUAAAGUUAGGCCGCUGGCCACCCGCUGGCCACCGGCUGGGAGGGUGUCCCAGGCUCCUUUCCGAAACUCCCAGGUCAGCCUCCUGGUGUAGCGGCCCCUUCCCCUCCCUGGGAAGGGGGAGGGGUGGGAGGCCACUUGGGCCCGGGUGCCCAGGCCAGCCCCUGCCUCACCUGCCCUUCCUGUUCCACCUGCCCUGGAAGAGGAAGCCGGGGACAGGUGGGACUGGGGUGCAUGACACUCCAUUUCUUACCCGUGGGGACCCCCCUGGGUCAGGGGGCAGUGCUGGGCCCCCAGAGGCCAAACUCCUUAUUUUUCCUUCUUCCUGAGAUGCCACGUAUGUGUGUGAGCGUGAAUGUGUGAGUGUGAGUGAGUGAAGAGACCGGUGGCCAUGCCGUACCCAUAGCUGUUGCGGGCACCUGUGGGUGGAGGACCCCAGUUCUCUAUCCAUGUCCACGUUCUUGCUCUGCCCCACCCAUCCCUCAGCCCUGCAGCCCCUCAGUCAGCCUGGAGACCCGGGGCCUGGCCUGCCGGCUCCCAGGAGACCCCCGGCGCCUGGUCUGCUGGCUCCCAGGUCUCCUGUGGCCCUCACCCGGCUGCCCCUCCCCGUGGAGUGGGGCGUCUUGAACCUACCGAAUGCGCAGCUCCGCCUCACGUCCUCUGCCUCCCACCCACCCAGGCUUUGCUUCUCUGGUAUUUUCGUUUUGUUCGGAUGUGUUUCAUAUAUUGUUUGGAAACUUUCAGACCCAAUAGAGCAAAAAAUCGGGGCGGGACGGGCGUCCCUGUCUCAGCUUACCACAUAUUGGGGUGCGUGCAUGCCCACACCCCCAUCCUGCGCCAGCGCCAUGCUCCUCCUGUUGGAGGCUGGGCCCAGCAAAGGGCAGCCCAGAUGUGCAGACCCCAAGCGUAGAGGUCGGAGGCUGUGCUGGACAGGAUGCCCCCCGGUCUGGGCCAGGGCAGGGUUGCCCCUUGAACUUGACCCCUCAUUCACGCUAUGGGCACGGCACCUCUGUGGUGCCCAGGGCUCCUGGGGCUAGGCCACAGGGCCAGCUUGGCUGGGGUUACAGGUACUAACUCCAGUGGGGACCCAAGGGGUUAGAAAGCACGGAGGAGGGCGGCCGCAGCGCCCGCCUUGAAGUUGUCUGUAAGUGUUGUUCAUGGCUGUGGGACUGUGUUCCUAGGGCCAUGCCCAGUGUCUCUUCCUGGGCUGGGGACUGUACUGCCCGCAGGACCCAGGCAGCUCUUGGGAAGGCCAAGGACAACCUCGUUCCAAGACUUGAAGAGUCUGUUGCUGCCCCGUCCUCCCUCCGCCCUGAUGGCUUCGUGUGCACACAGCUGCGCAGGUGCGCCCCCGCUGGAGGGCCAGAGUCUGGCCGGGGAGCCUGGGACACCUGCGGGCACUGCCUGCCACGUGGAGAGGCCUUGGGGACCCCACAGGAGACCCUCCCCCACUGCGCCCAGCCACGCGUGUGCCUGCCCUCCGGAAAGAGGUACCUCGAGACUAGCCAGCCCCUCCACUCGCCCCUGGGGGGCUUCAGGAGGCUGCAGCCAGCACGGAGGGCAUACAGCAGCCCAGGCCUGAGCCCCCCUGCUUGAGGUGGGCCUCUCCCUGCUCCCCACCCCAACCUGAAGCCAGGUGGGUUGGAGACCCAGGGCGGCUGGUGCUAGGAAGAGGCUGUGGAGCGGGGAGGCGGGGCAGCGUUGGACCCCAGUCCCUCUGACCCGAGUUUUCCUUCAUCUGUUUCUCCACCCAAAUUUGCACUUUAAUUUGACCAUCCCUGGGGACCUUUGGGGGCGUGAGCCUGCUGUCCUGGCUGCUGACGGAGGGCUUUGUUUCCCCCACUCCACUCCAAGUGGCCUGCCCCCCCCCCAUUCCUGGGCUAGCACAGGGAGGGCACCACUGGCCACUGGAGGAGGCCACAGUGGCCGCACAGAACGCCUGGCCGCCGCUCGGGCUAGCACAAUGUCCCCGUGACCUCUGCCCCUCCCUCGUUUGUAAUCACGUGUCUUUUGUUCUUCUGGGUAAGGAAGGCAAGAACUCUAGGUAAAACUUAAAUAAUGAUGAUUAAAUGUGAAUGGAUCUGAGCUCCCCCUGCGCCCUGUGGGCCAGGCCGAGCGUUUUGCACUAAUGUGUCCUGCAGUGGACGUGGUAGGGAGCAUUUGCAGACGUGCGUGGCAGGUGACCGCACCCGCCUGGGGGGGGGGGGCUCCUUCCGCAUCCUGAAUGUACCGUGGGGCGGGUGGGCGGCGGGCCUGGGCUCGGGGGGCCUUCCAGAGUGCCUUAGCAUCUUUUGAUCAUUUUUCCCAAGGAAAACCAAUUAAGAAAACCGGACCCUUCCCCUCCUUUGUUUACAAUGACGAAUUCCAGAAAUCGGGGCUGUCGUGUCCUGCCAGCGCGACCCUGGCUCGUCCUGACCCUGAGGACGGGAGACGAGCCACUCAGUAUUUAUGAGAUGUCUGCACCUUUAUUCCUAAGCUUGACUACUAGCAAUACGCAUCUACUAUAUAGAGUCUAUUAUAGAACUAAGUUAUAUCGGCGCCUUUCCCUGGAGGAUGGUUGGGACUGGACCGUUUUGGAGCGCUGAGGUGGGUGGCUGACCUGGGGUCUGGCUCCCACUCCACCUUCCCUUGCCCUCACAGAAGGGAUGGGAGCCCCCUGCCCCCCCCCCCCGGGGCUGCUGGAACAAACGCAGAAGGUCCAGAGGAGAGGACCAGAGACGGGACAGAUCUGUGAGCUCAGAGGAGCCGCCCGCUACUCGGCGGCUCAGUACUUGAAUUCUGUCUUGUUUUCAGCACCGGGUCUGCCACCCGAGUUCUCUGUGGUUGCUUACGGUUGCAUCCGAUUUGGUGUCUUACUUUGCCCCUGAAUGUGGACGCAGCUGUGUGUGUGAAGCAAGGAGGGGGAGAAGACCCUGGCCCCCUGACCCCGGCAUGUCCGUGUGGGGUGCUGGCCGGGCCGGCGGGCGUGGAACGCUGGCUGUGUGGUCUUGUCUUCCGUGGGAAGUCCUUGGUGUUGGCGUUUAAAGCUGAGGGGAGGGCAGAGGAGGGGCCUGGCCAGGAUCUGCCCUCCAGCGCACAGGCGUGCUGGGGUUCAUUUUCUAGGCCCAGCACCACCCUAGUCCCGCCCUGCCCGGCCAUGCUCAGUUUGUGUUCCCCGCAGGCUGAUUGUUAGGCAAGUCUGGUUGCUGGGGUGAGAAGGGCUGGUGCCAGUGGAAAACUCACCGAGUUUGCCCGCCUCUCCGGCAGGCCGUGAACCCUUUGUAGGCCGGGAGCUUGUGGGGGUCUCAGCUUUAAUUACUGCUGCCACUUUGGCGGCUUCAUUCCUCGUGAGGUCAGCCUGUGGCCCCCGCCCCCAGGGAGUGAGGGAGUGUCUAAAAUGGCAAAGGUGUUUUGCUUCCGUUUGUUUUUGUCUUGUUUUCUUGAAAAUGACCAGGAAAAUUAUGCAGAACCUAACGCACUCAAGUUGGACAACCUGCUUGUGUUCUGGUAGUCGCCUCCAUUGUAAAGUGAGAGUUUUGCACACGAUUGUGAUUUUUAUGUCAAAAGAAGCCAAAACUUGCAAUACUAUUUUUAGCAGACAAAAAAGAACUAAGUAUAAAAUGUAUAAAUAUUUUUGACUUGAACAUUUGGGUGGCACUGGGUACAAAUAGAACAUUCAUUCCUUCGACAGGAUGUUUGGAGAAAGAGAGACUUACAAGGCAAUGGUUGCUUUAAAGGGUGUGUCUAGGGGUUAAAGUAGUACUGUAACUCACGACUGUUAAAAAAAUGUUAAUAAAAUAAACUUCCUGUGCGACCAAGGAGGGCUUCGCAGAACCGCUGAGUUCGAUUCCGCCAGUGCUGGCUUUUUCUGUUGUGGUUUUGUGUUUUGUUUUGUUUUGUUUUGCAAGGAGGAGGAAGCCUUUGUUUUGUCCUUCCUGUGUCCUCACUCUCUUUCCGUGCUGUGACCCCUUAGAGAUAAGACUAUUACUUUGUAGCCAUGGCUGACAACUUGUAUCAAUAACCAAGACAGCAACAACAUCCGAAGUGACCAGGGAAACCGGCCUUGAGCGCCUGCUCAGAGCUGUUUUGUAAGGUGGAAGUCCACGACACACAAAAGGAUGUCACCAUUAAUUGUAAAGCGCUUUGUAAAAUUCACAUUUACAGAAUAAUAAAGUCAAUUCAAACCCA